AUGGAGGAGACGGAGAACGGAGGGCGCCAUGGUUCAGCCGACCUCAUCAGCGCCCUUCCGGACGAUCUGCUCCUCCAGGUCCUCGAUCGCCUCGACUCCAGACGCUCCGCCGCGCGCACCGGCCUCCUCUCCCGCCGGUGGCGCGGCCUCUCGACCCGCCUGCCCUGCCUCACUGUCACCCUCCACAAAGUCCCGCUCUGCUCGCUCGAGGCCGCGCUGGCCCACGCCAUCCGUCCCGGGGUAUGCCAUUACUACCUCGAUAUCUGUGUCCCCUCGCAGGGCACGAUCACCCCCGUCAGCAUCUCCUCGCUGCUCCGCGCCGCGGCGGCGCUCUCGCCCGUCGAGAUGCUCUUCGUCCUCGAGCCGGACGUCAAGGUCCCAGCUGGUCUGGACGUGAACCUGAUUCCCAUGGCGCUGCUCUACGAUCUCCCGUGGAGCACGCAGUGCUCCCUAUUUGGGGUGAACCUGCCCCGCUUCGACCACGCCACCUCCAUCGACCUGCGCGCGCGCCACCUCCGCUUGCUCCCGCCGUCCUCCGGGUUCCCUUCGCUGGAGAGGCUCUGCCUCUCCGGCUGCGACGUCGACCUCGCCGCCUUGAUCCCUCGCUGCCCGCGCAUCCGCAUCCUCCGGGUCAACAACAAUGGUAUGGUGGCCAUGGACAGCAUCACAAUCCACUCGGCGUCGCUGCACCAACUCUCUGUGGAGAGCAGCAACAGAUGUACAUCCCGUAUAGACAUCGAGGCGCCUGUGCUUAAGCAAUUGAACCUGUCUUUCCGUGCCGGCGGCGAUCUCAGGGUCUCCUCCGUCUGGGCACCAAUGGCGGAGAAGGUCUCGUGGAGGUGCUCGUAUAAAAAGCCCACUUAUAGGCUUGGUCUCUGGGGCCUCUUGGAGGCCGGCUUAAACACCACCGACCACUCCCAAAAAGGCGGCUCGCAGCUCCCAACCGGCCAUGUCCUCUCCCUACACAUGGCUGCCCAAAGGUCAUACAGAUAUCUAAAUGCGGAGCACACCUUUGCGGCAGAGCUCGAUAAACAUAUGGUUUCCAAAUUCUCUCGUUUGGACCUACAUCUUACAACCACAGGGCAUGCGUUUGGAGCAUUGGUGUUGCGUCUCUUUGGGUUGCAUCGUAUUCGUAGAGCUAUUCAGAACCUUAGGAUCGUACUUCAAAGAUCAGAGGUGAAAGAAACAUGCCACGUAACUUGUUUCUGUGGUGAGCCCAAAGACUGGAGAACACAAACUAUCCCGUUGGCUGGUCUUGAAACCGUGGAAAUUGAAGGCCUCCACGGGGAGGAUCAUGAGUUUGAUUUCUUGAAAGUAAUGUUUACAUCUGCUCGAAUGCUUAAAAGAGUUACUCUGAGGCUGGCACAUGGUGUCACCCCAUGUGUCGAUUGGUGCACAAAAGUGAACAACAUCUUCAAGGCGUUUCCUUUCGUGAAGUGCAACGUUGAUCUGGGUGCUCAGUAA